AUGAAGCUCAACAAACAAAAAUCCCCACAAGCAGAAAAGGAAUUUGGAGGGACUUUGGGUGAGUCAAAUAUUGUUUGCUUUAUUAAAAGGAAUUUGGAGGGACUUUGGGUGAGUCAAAUAUUGUUUGCUUUAUUAAAAAGAAAACACAUUUUGUAUGUUUAGUUAAAAUAGGCAUAUUGCAAUCCCAUCUCCCACCCACUCUCUUCUCUACUAACUUCACUUCCUUCCUCUUCUCCCUUGAAGGUGCCACCUGCAUCCCUGUCUUCCUGCCCCUGACGGUGCUUUACCUGCUGUGUGUAUGUCGCUCCCCUGCGGCCAGUGUGCUCCAGUGGCCCCCUGUCCUGCCCCCCACAGACCAGCUAUGGGACCCCCUGGCCCCUGUUCUCAUACUGGGCUGGAUGGCCCUCCAGAGCUUCCUUUACCUGCUGCCUAUGGGGAAGGUGAGACAAGUUGUUAAUUAUGAAUACCUUUUAGUUCUGGAGUCCUUGUCUAUUGACUAUGUUGUCAUGUGAGGUUUGGCUGAUACACAUAUCUGUCUUACCUGCAGGUGUCUGAGGGGAUGGUGCUAAAAGAUGGAUCGAGACUCAAGUACCCCAUAAACGGUAUUGUAGGGUUGGCGGGUGAAGCAAUAAUGCUUUGAAGUAGUGUGUUGCAAUGUCAAUGUGUAUAGUUUCAAUUUUAGGCAGGUUUGAUUGAGCUGGGUGGGAGGAGUUAACUGGUUAUGUUUUCCUUUUAUCUACUGCAGGUGUCAUUGACCUUGAGCUAAGCAGGCCAUUAGUCCACACUGAUUUAUCUUGUUGCAAGCUACUCAGUCCAAACUCAACUUAUGAUUCCCUCUCCAAACUAAUUAUCUCUUGUUGUAUCUAUCCCUCUCUCCUGCUCCCCCACCCUUUCUAGCUGUUUCUACAGUGAGGGGAAAAAAGUAUUUGAUCCCCUGCUGAUGUUGUACGUUUGCCCACUGACAAAGACAUGAUCAGUCUAUAAUUUUAAUGGUAGGUUUAUUUGAACAGUGAGAGACAGAAUAACAACAAACAAAAAUCCAGAAAAACGCAUGUCAAAAAUGUUAUAAAUUAAUUUGCAUUUUAAUGAGGGAAAUAAGUAUCUGACCCCUCUGCAAAACAUGACUUAGUACUUGGUGGCAAAACCCUUGUUGGCAAUCAUAGAGGUCAGACGUUUCUUGUAGUUGGCCACCAGGUUUGCACACAUCUCAGGAGGGAUUUUGUUCCACUCCUCUUUGCAGAUUUUCUCCAAGUCAUUAAGGUUUCGAGGCUGACGUUUGGCAACUCGAACCUUCAGCUCCCUCCACAGAUUUUCUAUGGGAUUAAGGUCUGGAGACUGGCUAGGCCACUCCAGGACCUUAAUGUGCUUCUUCUUGAGCCACUCCUUUAUUGCAUUGGCCAUGUGUUUUGGGUCAUUGUCAUGCUGGAAUACCCAUCCACGACCCAUUUUCAAUGCCCUGGCUGAGGGAAGGAGGUUCUCACCCAAGAUUUGACGGUACAUGGCCCCGUCCAUCGUCCCUUUGAUGCGGUGAAGUUGUCCUGUCCCCUUAGCAGAAAAACACCCCCAAAGCAUAAUGUUUCCACCUCCAUGUUUGACGGUGGGGAUGGUGUUCUUGGGGUCAUAGGCAGCAUUCCUCCUCCUCCAAACACGUUGAGUUGAUGCCAAAGAGCUCCAUUUUGGUCUCAUCUGACCACAACACUUUCAUCCAGUUCUCCUCUGAAUCAUUCAGAUGUUCAUUGGCAAACUUCAGACGGGCCUGUAUAUGUGCUUUCUUGAGCAGGGGGACCUUGCGGGCGCUGCAGGAUUUCAGUCCUUCAUGGCGUAGUGUGUUACCAAUUGUUUUCUUGGUGACUAUGGUCCCAGCUGCCUUGAGAUCAUUGACAAGAUCCUCCUGUGUAGUUCUGGGCUGAUUCCUCACCGUUCUCAUGAUCAUUGCAACUCCACGAGGUGAGAUCUUGCAUGGAGCCCCAGGCCGAGGGAGAUUGACAGUUAUUUUUUGUUUCUUCCAUUUGCAAAUAAUCGCACCAACUGUUGUCACCUUCUCAUCAAGCUGCUUGACGAUGGUCUUGUAGCCCAUUCCAGCCUUGUGUAGGUCUACAAUCUUGUCCCUGACAUCCUUGGAGAGCUCUUUGGUCUUGGCCAUGGUGGAGAGUUUGGAAUCUGAUUGAUUGAUUGCUUCCGUGGACAGGUGUCUUUUAUACAGGUAACAAGCUGAGAUUAGGAGCACCCUAAUCUCAGCUCGUUACCUGUAUAAAAGAUACCUGGGAGCCAGAAAUCUUUCUGAUUGAGAGGGGGUCAAAUACUUAUUUCCCUCAUUAAAAUGCAAAUCAAUUUAUAACAUUUUUGACAUGCGUUUUUCUGGAUUUUGUUGUUGUUAUUCUGUCUCUCACUGUUCAAAUAAACCUACCAUUAAAAUGAUAGACUGAUCAUUUAUUUGUCAGUGGGCAAACGUACAAAAUCAGCAGGGGAUCAAAUACUUUUUUCCCCCUCACUGUAUGUUUCUCUGUUUUGCUCUCCCUCUACAGGUUUUCAUGCCCUUUGCGUCACAGCUGUGCUGUUGACAUUGUCACUAUGGCUGGGGAUGCCUCUGGGGUAUCUAUUUGAACUGUUGUUGCCCCUGGCAGUGUGUGCUAUUGGGGUGUCAUUCCUCCUCUCCCUCUACCUCUACAUAUGCUCCUUCUGGGCCCCUCACCAUGCCCUUGCCCAGGGGGGAAACACAGGUAAGGGUGGUGCAGGAUUAGGGAAGUAACGUAAAAUAUCAAGUAACCAACAUACAUAAAAAUGCAUUAGAGGUUUUCCUGUAUAGGCUCACGCCUGCUAUAUCUCACACAGGAAACCCCCUGUAUGAUUUCUUUAUCGGACGAGAGCUGAACCCACGGAUUGGAAGCUUUGAUCUGAAAUAUUUUUGUGAGCUGAGACCAGGUCUGAUUGGCUGGGUGAGUGGAAAUGGAGCAAGGGUGACUAGAUUAUAUAAAGUAAAAUAUAAUUGUGUUGAUAUAUAAAAAAAUCUGAUCCAACAUACUCUCUUCCAAUUAGGUGGUGAUUAACCUUGGGAUGCUGAUGAAAGAGGUGGAGCUACGGGACUCCGCUUCCCUGGCCAUGAUACUGGUCAACAGCUUCCAGCUGCUCUACGUGGCAGAUGCUCUGUGGAAUGAGGUGAGUGGACAGUCCACAGGAAUAGCUAGGAAAUAACAGUGGUGGAACAGUGGUAUACCAUCGGUAACAGAGUGAUCUCUAAUGAGGAUGCCAAUUUAAUUUAUUGUGGUGUUACUCUGCGGAAUGUAUCAUUGAGACCUAAAAUUCAUUUCUGAAGUGUUGUAUGUUUCAUUUGACAGUGGAAUAUGUUUUCUUGACUGAUGCUCUCUCUGUGAUGUUGCAGGAGGCUGUGCUGACCACCAUGGACAUAGUGCAUGAUGGCUUUGGGUUUAUGUUAGUCUUUGGGGACCUGGCCUGGGUUCCCUUUACCUACGGCCUGCAGGCUGCCUUCCUGGUGGUGCACCCACAGUCCCUUAGUCCUCUGGGAGCCACGGCUAUAGUCACAUUGAAUGGUAAAUCAAGUUUCUAGAUGUGGGGUGGGGAAGUGUGCAUUCUUCUUCAUUUAAUCAAUUGUUAUAUUGUAUGUACCCUUAUUAAUGGAAUGUAUUUUAUCUCUUCCUGUCAUUAGGUGCUGGGUAUUAUAUCUUCAGAAAAUCGAACUCCCAGAAGAACCAAUUCAGACGGGACCCUACGCAUCCCAGUGUUGCAAGUCAGUAUUCAACUUCUUGAUUCGAUUUCUGAUGUCUCCUGGCAUGGCAACUUCCACAUGUUUUUAGUUUUGAAUUAAUAUACUUAAAUCAGUUUAACAGUUUUGAGAGGAUAGAUAGAAUUGGGCACUCUCUCUGGCGCAAUCUUUAUUACUGGCUGUUUUCCAUAAUGGAUCAAAGUGCAUAAUGAAUACAGUGGACGGUAGGAGGCACCAGAGUACAAUCUGGCCCCAACAGAAAGAGCAGAUGGAGUGUGAAUAAUUUGCAAUCUGAUCUCUCUCAAAUGACGGCCAAAACUAAAGAAAAAAAGUAUUAUCUUCCCCUGUGCCUGUAGACCUGGAGACUAUUGCCACAGCAACUGGGAAGCGCCUUUUGGUGUCUGGCUGGUGGGGCCUCGUCCGCCAUCCUAACUACCUAGGAGACCUUCUCAUGGCCCUGGCAUGGUCCCUGCCAUGUGGUAAGUAGAAAUCAAAUACAUAAGAUCCUCUCUGCAUCCAGCCGGCACAUGUCCAUAACCAGUGGCUGUACCUGAAUAGUCAACAUAAUUUUGUCAGUGCUACUGACAGUAUUCAGAUUCCCAUGUACUGUGUCUUUUUCCAGGAUUCAACCAUCUUCUUCCUUACUUUUAUGUUGUGUACUUCACUGUCCUGCUGAUUCACCGAGAGGCACGUGACGAAAGGCACUGCAGGGCCAAGUAUGGCCUGGCAUGGGACACCUACUGCAGACGCGUGCCCUACAGGAUCUUCCCCUAUAUCUACUGAGCUAAGCUCUACCGAAGCAGUCGGGGCAUAGCCGGGGCCCGGGAGCAUGCAAGGGAUGUGCACUGCAUAUGAUAGCCAGCUGUGUUGUAUAAAGUGCACUUUCUGAACCUCAACAGACUACACUGAACAAAAACGACUGAAAUGCUGUAUUUUCUCUGUCAUAAAGAAUAUGUACUUUAUAAGGGAUUACUGUGGAGAAAAUGGCCCUUCUGACUGGAUAAACUGGUCUGACAAGCUGACACUUUGGCCCAGCAGCUUUACCAGUUGUUCACAGUAGUGAUGUCUUUCUAGUGAGUCUCAAACACGAUCAAUCUUGAGCAUUAGCUUUCGUACUAAUCUUU